AUGUACAGUUAUCGACACCACAGAUGGGCCCUCUCUGAGAUCUUGGACAGGGCAGAUAAGAUACCUCAAGACGUACAGAAGUACUGGAAACGGCGUCGAAACCUGUUCAGCAAAUACAACGAGGGAAUUAAACUGACCAGAGAGCUCUGGUUCAGUGUCACUGCCGAAGCUGUGGCUAACUACCUGGCUAAAUUCAUCCAGCACUGCUACCCGGAAACGCGAACAGUUGUUGAUCUGUUCUGCGGUGGAGGAGGGAAUUCAAUCCAGAUGAUCAGAUUAUUUGACAGGUGUAUUUGUGUCGACUACAACGAAACAAACUUAGCGUGUACCAAAAAUAACGUUUACGUUUAUUUCAGCCCAGAACAGCUACAGCACGCUGGAAAAACAAUCGAGUUCGUCCACUGCGAUUGGAAGUAUGCACUCCCUACUACGAGCCCCACCGACCAGGCCGCCUAUAAUAAAACGCAACAAUUUAUCCAAAACAUCAAGUCCGACAUUGUCUUUGCAUCGCCGCCGUGGGGAGGCCCCGAAUACCUCAACCAGGAAAAGUUCAAUCUGCGAAACAUUGAGCCGUUGCCGCUUGAAGAUUUGCUCCGAAGCUGUCUGCAGAUUUCCCCGGUGAUUGUGCUUUUUCUACCCCGAAACUCGGAUCUGGACCAACUGAUGGAAAUUUCCCGCCAGGUAUUUGGACCAGGAGUGAAGGUACGCGUCACAAAAGCAGUUAUGCGAAAUAGGGUCAAGGGCCUGCUCUGUUUCUGGGGUGACAAAUUUUACGAUUAUCAGCGAAAAUAG